CUGAUAUAUCAUCUAGGCUUCGGUGUUGAACCGAUUCAUCCACCCUUCCCCCUCCCUUCGUCUUGUCCUUCUCGUGUAACCAGCUUCUCAACACGAUUUGAUGGUGCUCCCAUCCGGCUCCACUCGAACGAUUGCCAGACUCUCCCUCACCGCACCACGAUCCACCUCCGCCCGCCAGAUUUGCGCCUCGCCUUGCACAAACCCGGCGCACGCAGCAUUCCACCCUUCCCAGACAUCCAUUCUUUUCUCAUCCCUUGCUCCAUGCGCACUUCGUGGUCGAGGCGCAUGUCUGCUGGCAGAUGUUUCUCAGUCCUUACUUUCGCCCGCUGUCGCCAUCCGCCCGCAGCCACUUCCGUCUAGGGUCAUGCCUUCUAUUCGCUCUGCGGCUGCCUGCUGAAAAGUGUACCAUCGGCUUUGCUGGCAAACGAAGGGGUACAUAACUCUACCGAACCUUGCUUCGCCCUCAUUAUUCCUUCUUCUUUCUGAUCUUCUCGACUCUCCUUUCUUAUCCCCUUGUAUCUGCGGUUGCCUCUUUAAUAACCAGGCCCCGGUGUACAUUUUUCUCCUGAAAUAUCUUCAAAAUACUGUCUAUAAAAGCGUUAUUCCCUCCCUCGGCCCACUCAGGCCUUGUCCAUGUUUGUGUAUUGACGUUACCACCGGGUAACUGAACAAUUUUAUAUUCUGAUUAUCUGCCUAUAACUUCUGCCAUUCAUUCUGUGCAGCGGUAUUCUUCUUCACCAUGGAAAGCGGUCCUUCCCUAGAGACCUCUCGCAACGGCCGCGUUCCCAACACUGAUCGAACAUCCUCUCCGAGACCUCCAACGGCUAUGAGAACUGAUUUUGACCGAGGAAAGAGCGCUUGGGGAGUUUCAAGUCGUAUCUGGGGGACUGGGACGUCUCUCUACGAUGAUGAGCAGGCAACAUCGCCAUUUCCGGCUCAACAAGGAUCAUCUUCAGGGUUCGGCUCAAGCAGGACAGCGAGUGCUUCGAUGGGAACCGAACUAAACAAUGAAGAGCCUGUACAGUCAAGACUACCCUGGAAUUCGACCUCGACCGGGAGUGGCUACAGAUCUAGACAACGGACACAGCCACUAUCACCCACGGGAGAGAGACGGCAUCAGGGUUUCAAUUUCAUGGCUGGUGAACAUGACGGACACGUGGAAGGAUCGAGUCUCUUUGAGGGAAGUGCGCCUGAUGUGGAAGACGAUCCUUUACCAGGACGCCGACCCAGUGACAGCCGACGUGCCGUCACUGAGAGCUCUCGUUUCAUGCAGUCUCCUACCAGAACGACAUCAUUCAGCCGAAGCCCGUUUGCUACCCAACUUCAAAAUACCAACGUCGCAAGUUACAACAACAACGCCAUUUUUGCAUCCCUGGACAACCAUGACCACCACCACCUCAACCGAAGCCCCAUUGGAUCUUCAGCAAGCCCCGUCAGUGCUCUACCGUUCGUGAUUCCAACUUGUUUUGCGACUAGCCGUCCAUCAGAACAGUUGACUAUGGCAUCUUCAAGAUAUGGAAAUAUUUCACCACGACUUGGAGGCACUGCUCGUACCUUUCCCAAUGGACAAGCAGAACAUCCCUAUACAGCGACAGCUCGAGAAAUUCAGGAAGCCCUCCAAUCCUUCCAAGCACUGAAUCUCAGUAGAGUGCAGAAUGUCAUGGAUGGGCCACCUGGCCGGCGUCCAUCUGCGGGUGUUCCUCGACAUCAGUCUGAUGGUCGGCCUACGACGGUACAUGCCGCGUUACAAGCUUUCGGAGGUCUCAGUGACGUUGAUCGACAGCUCGCCAUAGCUGCAGGGAAUGGAUUUGUCGGUUCCAGGUUGAAUCCUCAGGCUGUCCCUCAUUAUGGCGGGCUACCCUAUGCUGGCCGUGGUACUCUUUCACCAAUGGCCACUGAGUACCGAAGCAACAGUCACAGUCCGCAUAGCUCACAAGUAGGCACCCCUCCAACCGGCCCGCUGUCAGUUCGAAGCACUCCGGCUAGUGGUGUCUCUAGCCGCUCGUCUGGUUAUGAUUCCUCGUCGACGGAACGGAACCUCCCUGGCGCGGACCAGUAUUCCUGUGACGAGAGAAUGUUCCCCCCAGGCUCGUUACAGCAGCAACUCAGCAAUGGGUUCCACUACGAUUCUCACGGCUCCAUGCAGCAUAUGCGCCUAACCUCUGUUACAAACUCGUACAUGUUGCCCGGACAUCCAGUAAUGCACCCUUUUUCGCAAACAUCCCGAAUUCCUACCCGUGACUUGGAGCAGAACCCAAUAGCGCGAAGCGCAGUGCUUGAUGACUUUCGUUUGAACAGCAAAACCAAUAAGCGGUUCGAAUUGAAGGACAUUUACACCUAUGUGGUAGAGUUCAGUGGCGAUCAACACGGCUCCCGGUUCAUCCAACAGAAAUUGGAGACGGCCAACAGUGAUGAGAAAGAGCAAAUAUUCAAAGAAAUUCAGCCUAAUUUGCUCCAGUUGAUGACCGAUGUUUUUGGGAACUACGUGAUCCAGAAGAUGUUUGAGCAUGGCAAUCAAUCCCAGAAAAAGGUACUGGCUAAUCAGAUGAGAGGCCAUGUGAUGCAUUUGUCCCUGCAGAUGUACGGGUGCCGGGUUGUGCAGAAAGCUUUCGAGCAUGUCUUGACGGACCAGCAAGCGACCCUGGUGAAAGAACUCGACGGGCCUAACCAGCAGGUCCUUAAAGUGGUCAGGGAUCAGAACGGCAAUCAUGUUAUACAAAAGGCCAUAGAACGCAUCCCGGGCGAGCAUAUCCAGUUCAUCGUCGAUGCUUUCAAAGGCCAGACGGCGAAAAUGUCGACUCACCAAUACGGAUGUCGGGUGGUACAACGAAUGCUAGAGCACUGCGCGCCACAGGCCAAGAGAGUCAUUCUUGACGAGCUGCUUGAGCACAUCAUCCCACUCAUCAGUGACAACUAUGGCAAUUACGUUGUGCAGCAUAUCAUCCAGAAUGGAGAACCUCAGGAUCGGCGAUUUGCCAUAGAUAUAGUCCUUCGGUCAGUUUUGAUGUUUUCGAAGCACAAAUUUGCGAGCAACAUUGUGGAAAAGAGUAUAGAGUUCGCCGAUGAAGACCAGCGGCAGCAGAUUCUUCGCACAUUGACCACGCCAGACGAAUAUGGGACCACACCCGUGCUGCAACUCAUGAGGGACCAAUAUGGUAAUUAUGUUCUGCAAAAAGUAUAUGACCGACUUCAAGGCGAGGCACUCGCUGCCCUCGUUGCAGAUAUGAAGAAGAAUCUUCCAGAGCUCCGCAGGACGAGCUACGGCAAGCAGGUUGCUGCCAUAGAGAAACUACUGUACCCCGACCAAGACUCGUCGAAUGCCUCGACUAGCAGCCGAAACUCUGUGCAAACCACUGCCAGCAACUCGACGUCUGCGGAGGGCGACAGAGCCAAAACCCACCAAGGACAGGCCAGAUAAGAAUGCCGUUGGCAUCUCUACCUCGAUGCCACUGCGGUGAGAUGAUUGAGUGUAAAGGUUGCUCUUUUCGAGUGAGGUAUAUUUGUGUCCCUCGCGACAUGUUGCAUUCGGUUCAAGGCGACGCAAGAGCAGAAAAAUGGUUUAACAGUUCGCGCAGUAUUUCAGCCCUACACGUAUGUUGCCAGGGGCAACUCUGGGUGUUUUGGAUUUGGGAGUUUCAAAGGUGGUAACCGGUAACCGGACACUCCUCGCUAGGAACAGUCGAUCCGGCAUCAGCUUUUGGUGGUUAAGGCCUGAGUUCAAGACGACACCUGGUUUGACGACAAUAUAAACGACUUUUGUGGAUACCCAUUUUCGGUUUUUAGACGGAUGGAUGACGAGGUAGGUCCUUGAAAUGGAAUGGUAAAACAAAUGAUGAAGCAGGAAUCUUUUUGAAUGGGUUGUUCUUCAAGGCGCCAGGGUAUUGGUUAGUACAUCCAAGGAUUGUCAGACAUCGGUAUGAAGAUGGCGUACUGUAUUGUUGUGAUUGCAAGUUAGGUACAUACCUGUUAUGUAUUGGAACAGCAGGGCUGAGGCACACGCAGAUUAGUUUGCAAACAUUCAUAUACACGGCCGAAUCCUUCGAAUAGUUAUUUGCAAUUAAACAAUAUUGAUAGC